ACCCGAGACUGCAACAUUUCAAUCGAACGCACUCGACCAAGGAAAUAGUGCCCUGUGUAGAAAGAGCUGGAUUCGUCUCGGUGGUUUGUUAGGCUUUGUCAAGAAACUUUGGCGUUCUUCACUUCGUGUUUCGCUUCAUCCUCUUCUUCAUAUUCAAACACCUCUUGGCAGGCCGUCGGGGUAAAAAUCCUUGACUUCCCCCCACCUCCACGAAACCUACCAACAUGAUGGUUGGAUUGAGUUUGACACUUGCACAAGCGUUGGAAAGAUGGUGUCACUCCGAGUGAAAAUUUUGACGCUAUUGGGCUUUAUUGGAUACUGCUCCAUUCGGGUCAAUGCUUUGGAACUCUCGAACUUCCACGAUCACGAGUCUUUAAGCAACAAGCUUCAAGAGCUCCAUUCUCAACAUCCCAACUUAGUGAACAUCUAUUCAUUGGAAGAGAAAACUGUUAGCGGUCGAUAUCUGCAGGUCAUUCAAUUGGGCCCUCAUGCCGGAAAAUCCCGACCUCUUCUCACGCCCAUGGUAAAAUAUGUGGCUAACAUGCACGGCAACGAAGUUAUUGGGAGAGAAAUGCUUCUGGCUCUAGCUGAGUAUUUGGUCAGUGAGUACUCUCAAGGAAAUCCCAGGAUCACCCAUCUACUUGACACCAUCGACCUUCAUCUUCUCCCCACGGCCAACCCUGAUGGAUUUGCGAGGUCCGUUAAGGGUGUCUGCCGAGGAUAUUCGCACGACUCCGGUCGAACCAACGACAAUGGAGUCGAUUUGAACCGGAAUUUCCCGGAUUGGGAUCUCGUGGGGGCUCCGGAAGAAGUGAUAUUUGAUGGAAGAGAGCCCGAGACUCGAGCCAUAAUGAGAUGGAUCUUGGACAACCCAUUUGUUCUCUCCAUCAAUUUUCACGAUGGAGCCGUAGUGGCCAAUUAUCCUUACGAUGAUAGCCGGUCCCAAUCGAAUGGACCUUCUCUCACACCUGAUAACGAGUUUUUUAAACACUUGGCAUUGGUUUAUGCCCGAAAUCAUGGUUUUAUGUACAAAGGAUCCGGAUUGUGCGAGUCCGAUAGCUUUCCCAAUGGCAUCACCAACGGAGCGGAUUGGUACAUUGUAAAAGGAGGACUACAAGACUUUAACUACUUGUUUUCCAAUUGCUUUGAGAUCACGUUGGAAUUGUCUUGUUGCAAAUACCCACAUGAAGAGAACCUUGCGCGUGAGUGGUCUGCUAACCGUGAGAGCCUCCUGGCUUAUUUGGAACAAGCCCAUUCCGGAAUCAAGGGCGUCAUUUUGGACAAAGAAGAGAAUCCAGUGUCUGGAGCCAAGGUUCAUGUCAAAGGUAUUGAUAAACCAGUCGUAACCACAUCUGAUGGAGAGUACUGGCGUUUGCUAACGCCGGGCAACUAUGAGGUCAAAGCUCAAUAUGAAGGGUUCGAAAGCGAUUGGGCUCCAGCUCAAGUUUCGUCCUUGAACGAAAGGGCAUUUCAAAAGCAAUCUGCAACUCGACUGGAUUUGGUUUUGGAGCGAUCAACAACCCGUGUCAAAUCCAGUGUGGAGGCUAGUGAGGUCAAUUUCCAACCCCAAGAAACUUCCGACCCUGUGACCAAGUCAUGUUCCAAUUUGCUUGCACUUUACAAGAAUGCAUGCUAUUGUCUUCCAUAUCUCUGUGGUAUUUCAGUCUCACGUGCUGCUCCGGCCAUGAUCGAUAUCAAAUCGUAUCUCGUUCCAGCUCUAGUGAUCAAUUUGCUAUUUUCCAUAAACGGGGGCGAAUGUUCCCCUUGGUUUGGCCAUUACCACGGUUUCGAGGGGCUCUACAAUCAAAUGGUUCGCUUAAGCCAGAAUUUUCCGGACUUGGCUGAACUCUAUGAGCUAUCUGAACGCACGGUUGAAGGUCGGCCUUUGAUGGUCUUACAUAUGGGUCAAAACGUCAAAUCCCAGCGGCCAAUCCUCCGACCAAUGGUCAAAUUUGUGGCCAACAUUCAUGGAAAUGAGGUUGUAGGGCGAGAGCUGCUCCUAGCUUUAGCCCAAUACCUUCUCAAUGAAUACUCUUUGGGCCAAAACGACCGAAUCAGAUUCAUUUUAGAUCAGACGGAUAUGCAUUUCCUUAUCAGUGCCAAUCCCGAUGGGUUUGAGCAAGCUGUUCCAGGCACCUGUAGCGACACCAUUAACAAGGGAAGGAACAAUGCCAACGAUCAAGAUCUGAACCGGGAUUUCCCGCAAGUCCAGAACGGCCAAUUUGAGGUCAACCCUAAGGAAAGGAUUUUCGAUAACCGCCAACCCGAAACUCGGGCGAUAAUGGAAUGGAUUCUGACAAAUCCAUUCGUUUUCUCGCUCUCUUUUCAUGACGGAGCAGUUGUGGCCAAUUAUCCUUUCGACAUGCAUCUGGAUGCAAAAUCAAAUCCAUCUCGGGAAAACCGAAUCUCUAAAACUCCGGAUCACGAAUUAUUCCAAAAACUGGCCUUACGAUACUCCAAGAAUCACCAGACUAUGCAUCAGGGAACCGGAUUGUGUCGGAACGAUACGUUUCCCAACGGAAUCACGAACGGAGCUGAUUGGUACGAAGUCCGGGGAGGAAUGCAAGACUUCAACUAUUUGUUCUCUAAUUGUCUAGAACUCACUAUCGAAUUGUCUUGUUGCAAAUAUCCCAUGCCCGCUCAGUCGGAACUGACCCAGGAAUGGAACAGGAAUAUCAACAGCCUUUUGAGUUCCCUUGAAGCUGUUCAUUUGGGAGUAAAGGGCCGGGUGUUCUGUCGCAAUAUCCAAUAUGGAACUGUGACACCUCUGGUCAACGCCUUAGCUUGGAUUCAAGUAUUCCAGAACGAUAAACUGGUAUCAGUAACAACACGAGGAGAAUAUUGGCGCCUACUUCCACCGGGAUUUCAUUGGAUCCGAGCAUUUCAGCAAAGGGCCGAUUCAUUUCAAAUCGUGACUAGUCCCUGGAUAAUGAUCAAAAUUGAUUGGAACGAAACCCCGAAACCGUCCCAGAUCGUGAAUUUCAUUUUGGAAGUCUACCCUUAAUGUCUGAGAGAUGCUAUAUCGAAUUUGUUCCCCCAAUAAUUGUGCACUCAGUGUAACAAAAUCCGUUGGCUGAAUAAAAUGGAUCAGAGGUUGCCCGUUAGUUGAUUGGAAAAGACAUUGAAGAGAAUGAAUAAUAGGUCGGGCGAUCUCUCUCAGUUUAUUCGCAUAA